GCGUGCGUGCGUGCGUGCGUGCGUGCGUGUGUGUGUGUGAGUGCCUGUGUGGGUCAAGCAUCAUCCGUGCCACGACGGUGUUAUUGUCACUGUAUUGUGUAAAAUGCACGAAUGUUGUAUAGCUUGUUGUGUUGCAUUUUUUCAUUGCCUCUGAGUACAGUCGAUACAGCAACGCUGAGUUCUGUACACUGAUUACAAUUGUAGAGUACAAUAAUGUAUGAAAAUCAUUUAUUUUUGUUACAGCUGCCAUUUGCUCCAAACGUGUUCCUAUUCAAUUAUAUUUAAAUCUGUUUUCUGAUAGUCACCGCUAAGUCUUAUGUGUUUUAUGUGUGUGUUAUGUGUGUAGCAUUUAGAGAUCGGCCCUUGAGACAAGGUUGAAUGUGACCUCGCAACCUCAGAAUUUCUCUGGGUAGUUUGAAUCUACUGUCAAAUACAAUAAUCUGUUUAAUUAUAUUCCAGAGAGUCAUCCUCCAUUUCUUGUAUGUGUUACUAAAUGUUGAGAUGUAUUGUUUUAUAAACCUGUCACGCUCAAUGCUUAUGACAAUGACCCAAAGAACCAAUUAAAGUUGUAAAUGCUAAUUCACAUUGUUCACAGGUGGACUAGCUUUAAGCGAUAAUGGGAAACAUGUAUGGCAAAAAACUAUUGAAAAUACAAAAUAAUUAAAAUGACCAUGUAAAAAAUUAUCUGGGUUCAUCACAUUGAAGAUCCUAUUGAAUUACAGCUCGUCCUCUUUAUAUUGCUGCAACUAUAAUGUGUAUAUGUUUAUGUUAGGCGGGUAAAAUAUAACAAUAUUUUACACAUAAAAAGGAGGAACAUACAACUAAUCGGGGCAAGAAUUAGUAUUUGGGGAUGCUCAAAAUGUUUGCUAUUGAUGCCCGGUAAAGUUUCACCUUGAAUACAAUUGUUCCAUUCCACUGUCUAAUUUAAUACAAUUUGAUUACUUUUGCUGCGGGACUGAAUGAGACCAUGAAAGUUUACCAAUCCAGGGACAUCCUUGGAUCAGUUACAGGAACUAUGAUUGUACUUUAGAGUUUUCUGUCUAUCGGGGCAUGACGUCAGGCGUACAUUACAUUGUUAUUCGGAAUUUUUGAAGGAAUGAAUAAUGAAUAAUGAGAAAUUAUUGUGUAAUGUAAACUUCCACUUAUUCUUACUUAAUCGGUAAAGUUGUAAAGAAACCGAUAGCUGUUCUUGAAGCCCGAAUAAUUCAUGUGGAGGGUUGUACUUGGUGGCAGCGAGGGGGGACGGGUCUUGGGGAGUAGCCAGACCGCCCUCACAGACACAAGCACACAGCCUCGCAUGGGUCACCAGCAGCAGCAGUCAGACCAUCCAGAGUGCUACAGCUAGCUAGUGGGACUAGCAUCCGCCGCUUAACUUGGACCACAAGAGACUCUCCUCCAUUUCUUGUAUGUGUUACUAAAUGUUGAGAUGUAUUGUUUUAUAAACCUGUCACGCUCAAUGCUUAUGACAAUGACCCAAAGAACCAAUUAAAGUUGUAAAUGCUAAUUCACAUUGUUCACAGGUGGACUAGCUUUAAGCGAUAAUGGGAAACAUGUAUGGCAAAAAACUAUUGAAAAUACAAAAUAAUUAAAAUGACCAUGUAAAAAAUUAUCUGGGUUCAUCACAUUGAAGAUCCUAUUGAAUUACAGCUCGUCCUCUUUAUAUUGCUGCAACUAUAAUGUGUAUAUGUUUAUGUUAGGCGGGUAAAAUAUAACAAUAUUUUACACAUAAAAAGGAGGAACAUACAACUAAUCGGGGCAAGAAUUAGUAUUUGGGGAUGCUCAAAAUGUUUGCUAUUGAUGCCCGGUAAAGUUUCACCUUGAAUACAAUUGUUCCAUUCCACUGUCUAAUUUAAUACAAUUUGAUUACUUUUGCUGCGGGACUGAAUGAGACCAUGAAAGUUUACCAAUCCAGGGACAUCCUUGGAUCAGUUACAGGAACUAUGAUUGUACUUUAGAGUUUUCUGUCUAUCGGGGCAUGACGUCAGGCGUACAUUACAUUGUUAUUCGGAAUUUUUGAAGGAAUGAAUAAUGAAUAAUGAGAAAUUAUUGUGUAAUGUAAACUUCCACUUAUUCUUACUUAAUCGGUAAAGUUGUAAAGAAACCGAUAGCUGUUCUUGAAGCCCGAAUAAUUCAUGUGGAGGGUUGUACUUGGUGGCAGCGAGGGGGGACGGGUCUUGGGGAGUAGCCAGACCGCCCUCACAGACACAAGCACACAGCCUCGCAUGGGUCACCAGCAGCAGCAGUCAGACCAUCCAGAGUGCUACAGCUAGCUAGUGGGACUAGCAUCCGCCGCUUAACUUGGACCACAAGAGACUCUGUUGUUGUUCUUUUGCGAUUUGUUGAGAACACCCGGAAACGAAGUUAGAUAUGUAUCGUGUGGACUUCUGCGUUUUAAAUGCUUUUAAUUAGGGCGAAACAAAAACACACUUGAGUUAAGUUUUGCUAAACUUGGCGGGGGCAGUGAUUCAGUCUAUUGGUUGGAGGAGCGACAGCAGAUACCCUCCGAACGAGAGGGGCACGCGAACAAAGCCGUGAUGUCUGAGGGCUGCGCGCGCCCUGCGUCCACGUCGCCUGUCUCCUCCAUCUCCCUGCUGGAGAUCAAGGGGGAGACGCGCCUGGUGCUCAAGGCCUUCCUGCGCAAGUCCCUGGACCUGCCCCUGGGCGACCGGCCGGGCCGGGUGGGGGGCGCCUACAAGGACAACAGCAAAUACAGCUGUGUGCCCCAGCUCGGGUCCAAAGCCAGGAACGGCUUCCACUCCCAGGACGAGGAGGCCAGCUCCGGCGAUGAGAGGAAGAAAGGCUUGAAGAGCCUCCUCCAGCGCACCAUGCGUCGGCCCCCCAAAGACCCCGCCCCCGGGAACAAGGACCCCAACGGCUCCCUGGAGAAGGACGCGCGGCUAAAGGCUGCCCCCGGCCUCGCCGUGAACCGCCUCCGAGUCGAGCAGGACGAGGCCUUCUCCCCGUCCUCCACGUCGGAGGAGGACAACGGGGAGCCCCGGCUGCAGAAGAAGACCAAGAAGUCCAAGAAGCUGAAGAAGCAGUUCUCUGAUCUGUUCCGCCGCAAGAACCCGAAGGACUCUCCGGAGAAGACGGACCCCCGGCCCCCGCGGCCCACCAAGCUGUCCCUCAACAUCGGGCUGAAGGCCCCGGACCUCAUCGACUCCCCCAACCACCCUCCUGAGUUCUACGAGGACGUAGCAGAGAGACUGGAAAGGAUUGCCAAGCGGUCCAACACCACUAAGAGGAUAGCUAGUCCGGUCGAAGCUCCAGCCGCCCUCGUGACCAUCUCAUCCACUGCCCAACCCACUGAACCUGUUUUAACUAAGGACGAGGUGGUGAAUCAGCUCAUCAAUGUUCUCUCCAUGGAAGCAGAUGCCAUCACCUCAAAGAUCGAGUCGGACCCCUUCCUUCGCAACAAGCUGACGCGCCUCUCGUACCCCUCCUUCGCCAAGCUCCUGGACGCCUUCAGCAACAUCGAGGCGCAGCCCGCCGUCCCGCCGCUGCCGGCGCCCCCCCCCGGCGCCAGCCCCACCCUGCGCCGCGUGGCGGUCACCAUGGAGGUGUCGCGCCGCGUGGUCACGGCCACCGGCACCCAGCGCAUGCAGGGCUACGCCGAGCGCUACAUGGAGACCUUCGCUCCCUGGCUGAAGAGCCACGGUGGAUGGGAGAACAUUGUCCAUUUAGAGGAGGCUUCUGAGUUUGACUGAGAGGUCAGAGGAAACCUUCCCUAGUGGCCAACAGGGGUAUGACCACUUCCUGAAAAGCUGAACCGUUUAUCUCCCACCUGCUGGGAGAGAAGACGGCCCCCGAGAGCAGCCAUCUAGUACUAGGUGCGGGGCAUUGAAGAACAAAGGCUUCCUUGUUGAAGACGACAUUGCAAUGUGCAAUGUGUUUAUGUGCAAUGCAUAAAAAACGUGAAUACAUGAAUGAAUGUAUCAUGAAUCAGUUUGGAACAUCCAGAAAGUCCUAAUUUUGGGGUUUGGAUUGAGCCCAGGUCGGUAGCCUCUAGGAGGUCAUUGCUUUUUAUAUGACACGUCUUUACAAGAACUGAACAAAGAAGGUUUCUUAAUGAGGGGUGGUACUGUUUACCAUUGUAGGACCAAUCAGUGCGAGGAUGUGAUCUCAUCCAGGAACACACGAUGCAGUCUGGCUGUUCUGGGCCCUCAGUCCAAACCCCCCUGAAACGGUUGGGAAUACCGUGUCUUAACAAGCCUUUUUAAAUUAGUGACGUGGAAAAUAAUGAACUGUGCGUGCACAUCUUGCAGGCACACCUUUACGUUUUCCUUUUAAAUUAAUAUUUUAUAAUGCCAACACUAAUGGCACAAAAGAAUGUUUUUAAGCCAUUGUCAACACACUCCCGGCCAGCAGUCGCCAGGCCGGACAUUCUGAGCUCCGUGAACUAUGCACAUUUUUAUUUAUAGUAAGCACAGACAAUGUCUCGACUCAAUGCUCUAUUUAUUGAUUUAAGAAUGUUUUGUACGAUUUAGUUUUUUUUUUAAACAUUUUCUAAUAAAACAUUUUUUACAAAAAGUUAUUUGUGCAUUUGUAUAUUUGUGCUAGGCUUACUGCAACUUGAUUAUAAUAAUAAAAAGAAGCACUUAAUAAAUACACUUUGAACAAUACCAUAUUUAUUUGAGUAACUCAACAAAAAUACAUUCAAUAGAUUACAGAUCCAAAAACAUUGUUGAAAUGUCAAUUUAAAUUAUGUGCACAUUGACGCCAUCUAUCAUUCAUUGGUUUUUGUGAUUUGUUUUUUAGUUCUGUGUACAGUAAUAUUGUCAUCUAUACCUCUUUGGACGUUACUGACGUGUACAUCGGUC